ACAACCAGCAGCCACUCUGAGGGACGCACCAGCCGCCAGCCACCACUGCCGCGGCUCAGUCCGGCCCGAGCUGCCGCUGUGUAAAGGUGUGUUGGCUGCCCCUCCUGAGCGUCACGUGUCUGCGCACAAACACAAACACGAGCUGCUGCCAAUCUUCGCUGAAUGAGACAUCAAACAUGCUCCAAGACGAACAGAUCUACUAACACCGCGAUAUUUCUCUGAUGCCAUAUAUGCAUUGAGUUAACUGGUAUUGGAAAGAAACUCACAUCGCAUCUAAACUUUGACGUGUGAUUCAUUGGACAACAUACAGAGAAGAAAUCGAAUCUUUCCUUUUUCUUCUGCGGGUUGCCUCGUUAUCAACCUGUGGAAGUGCACCGCCCUGCUGAUUGCACCUAAUUGUAGGGUAGCGAGGCGGGCAGGACCUGGCGACUCCUUAGUGUUAUCUCCAAAAGGGAUGCUUAACGAGGCUGGAUAAUCUGGAUAAUCGCUCUCCAUCCUUUAUCUUUCCGCCGCCAAGGGGUAAGCCGCGAGGAAGAAGGACCUACCUGGAUAAUUAAGAAGAAAGGCCAACGGUAUUAGUUAGAAAGCUUACGUUGACCUCCCGUAGACUUCAACAGUGACGUGAGCUGCAGGAACGAGAGGAAAUUAGGGAAACUUUGCAAGCAGCCGCCAGCUCUACACGUUACGGCCUCUGCUAGCUGUGAAUUCUUAAGUGAACUAAGUGAAUUGUGACGUACAACUUGUCUUUUACUCUUAUUGCUUGACGUGGAAGUCCGUUAGUGAAAUGACGAUAAGGGAGAUGCAGUGAGCGACGCGCAUUCAGUGUUCCAUCGCGUGUUGGGAAUUCUACAUCGCUGGUUGUGUUUAUAAAAGACUGAUUGAGAUAUUAAGAGAUACGAAUAUAUCCUCUCCUCAUCUUACUGACUCGGCAAGAUGAUGCGCUCGUGGGUGUUGUGGGCGGCGGUGACGGCUGCGGCGAUCACCGUUGUGGCGGCAACGGUGGGUGCAGGACUUCCCGGUUCCUGCCCCCCCGUGUGCUUCUGUCCGCUAGAUGCCCGCGGGAGACAGCAGGUUCUGUGCACCACCGGGAGCCUGAUGGACCCACUACCGGUACUGGAAAUGCCCGAGGACAUGGAGGUGUUGGAGGUGGGUGCCCCGCAGGACCGCCUCAACACUCUCACUCUCGGGCCCAUUUUCAAAAGCCACACGCAGUUGGAGCACAUCAGUGUUACUAUGUCGCGCGUGCCUGCCCUCGGUGCUCACUCCUUCUGGGGCUUGCGCCGUUUGCACACCCUGAAUGUGUCUCACAACGCACUUACUGCCGUCAUGGACAGCAACUUUCGUGGCGCGGAGUCUCUGCAUACGCUGGAUCUGAGCCACAACCUGAUCGAGUCGGUGCCUUCCGCAGUGUUCCGCUUCGUAUCCAGGCUGCGCCACCUCAACCUCGCCCACAACCGCAUCCCAGAGCUCGUGGCGCGGGUGUUUUAUGGCCUAGAAAACCUCCGGACUAUCGACCUCAGCUACAACCCUCUUGGAAUUCUCCCUUAUGACCGUUUCAAAGAUAUCUCCAGCCUACGAGAGCUUCGUUGUGCAUCGUGUGGAUUGCAGCAACUCUCAGAAGAACUUCUCAAGGUACUUCCUGAAUUAAAUCUGCUAGACAUCCGCCGUAACAGACUGACAGUUGUGCCAGGACUAGCUGCUGCUCGGCAGCUAUCCAAACUCCACCUGGACGGCAAUCACGUUACUUCCCUGGCUCCCGGAGGCUUGGCGGGACCACCCCUCACCACUCUCACACUUUCUCAUAAUCGGCUAGCUUCUCUGGAGCCCCAAGCUCUCGCUAACUCAUCUUUGACCCACCUCGACUUGGCCUACAACCGCUUGACACGACUCCGCUCAGAUGCCAUCAACGACGGCUUCAGUCGCUUGCGUUACCUUCGCUUGUCAGGGAAUCCUUUCAGGCUGGAAAAUCUGGUUCAGGUGGUGCCUCGCACGCGUCAGAUGAGGCACCUGGAGCUGGCCUCGCUGGGCCUCACCACGCUGGACCCAGACCUGCUGCGUCACGCUCGCCACCUCAAGACACUCAACGUCUCCUCUAAUCUUCUCUCAAAGUUCCCCGCGUCAGCGCUCUUUGCUACGCCGCACCUCACUGUACUAGAUCUCUCCUACAACGAUUUUCGCGGUCUUCCACAAGACCUGGUGACGGCUUUCAUCACCAUGGGCUCGCUGGAGCGGGUGUGGCUGCAGGGCAAUCCGUGGCGCUGUGAACAGUGUCACCUGGGACCCAUGCUGGCCUGGCUCCAGGACGCCGCCGCAUCCAGACACCCUCACGCAGAGUCCGUGUGCCACAUUCACCCUAAAUCCCACCGCUGUCUGCGCUGCGCCGGGCCGCCUCAGUUUGUGGAUCAAGAAGUGCAGCUUUUGGAUCCCGCCCACCUGCCACCGUGCUCUGAGCAGAAGACAAAGUGGCCCAAGUGGCGCGAAAACAGUCCCCGCCCCACACGGGACCAGCAAGCCACCCUCUCCGAGGAGCCCGUGCAGGUGCUGGAUUUGUUUGGAGACCAUCUGGCGCUGAUCGUGGGCGUGGGCGUAGGUCUGGUACUGGCCCUACUACUUGUGCUAGCCGCCGCCCUGCUGCUCGCUCGGCGUCACUCGGCUCUGUACUACACCAAUGAGCCCGCAGACCAAGACUCCUCACAGAAAUUAAUGAGUCGCAACAACAAUGACAACAGCCCCCCUGGUCCUCGCGCCGCCACGCCUCGUUCCCCCCGCCGCACCUCGCCCCCGGCCAUUGCCACCAUCGAGGAGGUGGACAGCAUAGCAGGGUCCAGCAUGGACCUGCAGCCAGGUCGGGAGCUGAGGGCGCCGAGGAUCGUGCGACUGGUGGCUUCCCCGCUCCCCUAGUGCCGCAGUCUGGCAGGCAGCGGGUGGAAGCGGACAGGUGGGUGGCGGACCACGAGAGGGAAACAUUAGUCUUCGACCGUGUAGUGUGAAACUUGACCUUGUGCUUACGUCAGCCACCCAGGACUCCCAGGAAGCCUGUUGUCUCCUUCCUCCAUGUGCCUUUAACUAUAAACAGCACUUAGCUGGAGGGAAUCUUAUGCUCAUGAGGGCGUGACUCGUUCCCCUCACAGUUGCUCCACCAGAACUAUGACACUCUGCUUAUGUGUCGUAUCGUGUCGUGUCGUACAUGUACAUACAUACAUCCAACCAGCGAGCGACACCUUGCGCACCGCCACCACCUUGACUCGCUCCCUAAAGACGUUACGUUACCAUCCGUGACGGAACCUGCUGAACGCUAGUGACGGCUCGAGACUGUGCGGCUGGCAAACACAUCCUCAAAGUGUAGUUGAUGCAAUGAACGUCAUGUUAAAGUGCUCUUUGGAAACAAUAAAGAUUAAACCUGCAGGGGUUGCGCAAGACGCUGGAACUAAUUAAUAAAGCAGCCAGUUGGAAUUAGGCUGAUGUAUGAUAUAGUGAGUUCGUGCUUUAGUGAGUAUAAGAGUAAAUAAGUGCAUUAUGUACUACCGUCCCGCAAGCGGACCAGAGCCGCCCGUGAGGUCCCGCCCUGACGGUCAUGCUGGACCCGACCCAAAACACUGUUAUCCUCGUCAGGGAGGUGCCGCCCCACGCCCAAGGUGUUCUGUUGUGUUGAAAUCAACACGAGAGUUAUAGGUGGCUACAGAAGUUUCCUUUGUGCUUUGUAUAUUUCUUUGCCAUUAACUAGGUAGUGUGUUCAACAAUAAAUGUCGGUUCUUAUUUUUGUUACGCCUCGUUUUUGUAUGAUUGGUGUCUUGUUUUCUAUUUGAUGUAUUGUAGUGAUGUAACAGAGUAGGUGGUAAGGCAGCGAAGAUGUGUUGGAAUAUUUCCACUCAAUCAGAGAUAACCAGCAGCUUCCAGCCAUCCAGCCUUCCAGCCAUCCAGCCUCCCCUAACAUUAACAUUACGAGGCGGCGGCUGCCCACCACACACACACACACACACACACACACACACACACACACACACACCAUUACUAACCCUUCAGGAAGCCGUGUUAGCUGUUUGUUCUCUUCCUACAAAAUAAAAUCAUUAGAAUUAACUGUGCCCUGUAGUAUUCCAAAUAAGUUCCUCGCUGAAUCUACCUUAGAUCAACCUUUCUUCAAAAAACAACUCUAUAAUACAUAUGAAUAUAUCAUAAAACACUAUAUUUCCCUUAAACAUGAAGCAAUCGAGGCGUAGUAAUCUUUAGUGCAUCUACAGAAUAACAAGCAUUUAUGAAAUUGACAAAAACCCUUCCGCUGAUCAAAACACUUUCUGGACCCCGGGUAAGUGAGAAGCAGGAUCUAACACUGCCUGCCUUGCUGUCCCACGGAGUCUCGAAACAUAAGCUGUGAUACUAAACUUUUUUGUAUCUUAUAAGUAAGUUUUUGUAUGAAUGGAUAAAGCGUCCUAAAAUCAA